AUGGGCUUCAAAGACUCUGCUUCCUCGUCGACCGCCGCAUCCGCAAGCAGCUCCUUUGCCGCAGAUGUCCUCUCGCGCUUUGCGCCCCAGCUCGAGCGAUACGAGGCCAGUCUCGCCUUGCCGUCCACACCCGCCUCCGACGAUCAGGCAGACCUCGGCACAGCCAGCACCGCAAACCAGACCGCACAGGCUACCACCAACGCCGCCGUGUCAAAAGCGGCCGCCGACAUCGUCCGUGCCAUCCCCAUCACCGACAAGGCCGCCGUCCCGAGCCACUCGGCCCUCGUCAGGCUCCUUGACCGCCUCGAUCAGGCUUGCCAGGGCGACACCAACACCGCCUUCGACCAGGGUCCUUCUCCCAUCUCGCAGGACAAUGCCGAGACGCUUCGUCUCGUUGCGCUGGCCAGGAUCACCUACGCCGCCUACGCCCUCGGCCUCGAUGCCCUCCUCCAGGAUGCGAGCAGGAUCAACGACGAAGCCUGGUUCUGGACCGAGGUCGAGGAGUCGGCUUACCGCACCCUCGCUCACCUCGUUCAGACGCUGCCUCAUCGCAUCGCCGCCCUCGUCGGCGCUACGCUCGAACUGGCCGCCGAGAACGCCUCCCACACAGUGCGGGGCACCAUGGAUCUCGCCCGUCACUCGACCUCUUCAGACAAGCGCGCGAACAAGUCUCGCCCCUCGUCCGAGAGGGACGUCACCCUGCGAAACACGCUGCGCACCAUCCUCGCCACCCCCAACAUGGUCACCGGCAUCCUCUUCCCGUACCAGUUCAGGAGCGAGGGCAGCAUCACAUUCGCGCUGGUCCAGCAGCAGGCCCAGGACAAACAGCGGGCCAGGGACCGGGCGUUUGGCCAGGCACGAGCGGCACAGGCGGUCGACGACGACGAAGACGAAGCUACCAGCAUCAAGGCCAGGAAGCGCCGGGCAAAGGCACUGCGCUCUGCGGCACUCAAGCUUUCCCCAACCCACAUGAUCCGGCACGAGGCCCGGUGCAAGCGUCAGGGGCUGAUGCACGAGCGCGACCUGCUGGCGGCAAAGAUGGGCGAGCUGGCCCUUCAACAGGCCGCUCCGGGCGACAGCGACGAUGAUGAGGUGUCGCUCGACUCUCUCAGUGCCAAGGCUGUGGAGAGCCGCCUGCUGCAGGACCUCGGUGCCAAGGUCCACCGUCUAGCAUCCGCCCUCGACCACGACGAUUCGAGCGGCACUUCUACUUCCGACGAGAUCAAGAUCGACAUCGAGGCGGCAUCUUCGUCGGCCGAUGCGCUCACGACUGCCCUUCGCACGCUGCUGCAGGAGACGUUGCCACGCAGCCGUGACCGCACCCGCCUCAUCCUGUCGCCUGCUCGGUUCGGCCAGCCUUCGCCGCUGACGCAGAAUUGGCCGAGCCUGGUCGUCUACCCGAUUGCGGCGCUCGCCGUGUCGCGCUACCUCAACAACAACUGGGACGGCAUCGCGGCCAAGAUGCACGAGGCCAAGGAGACGGUGCGGGGCUUCCUGGUCGGGUGGGUGUGGGAGCCGUGCGUGCAGCUGCUCGAGACGGUGCGCCACGGCCGCGACGACGCGGGCGUCAUCAUCUCGCGCGAGUCGCUCCAGUCGGACCUCGAGAGCCUCGAGAGGAUGGUGUCGACGUUUACGCGCGAAAAGUACGGCAUCACGGGCGCGGAGCUGGACGCGGUGGCGUCGCGGGUGCGCCAGGGCGACCUGACCUACGUCCUCAAAAUCUACGAGGACGAGAUGCGCUCCCCGCUCAAGUCGGCCGUCAAGGGGUCGCUGAUCCAGAGCCUGCUGAUCCAGAUCCAGAAGGCCAAGGUCGACCUCGAGGUGGCCAUGAGCGGCAUCGACAAGCUGCUCAAGAGCCAGCAGCUCCUCUUUGGCGCCGUCGGCGUCGCACCCGCCCUCGGCGUGCUCUACCUCAGCGUCCAGUGGCUCAAGGGCAAGGUCAGUGGAUCGGGGACCAAGAGGGGCAGGCGCAACGCCGAGAACCUCAGGGUCAGGGCGUGGGAAGCGUUGCGACGAAUCGACCACCUGCUCUCCUCGCCCUCAUCGACGCACUCGACGCUGCCGCCGCUCAACCACGGCCUGAUGCUGCUGGACCUGUCGCUGCUGCGCUCCUCGUCCUACCCGCUCCUCCUCUCGGCUUCCAAGGGCAACAAGCACCUGGCCAAACGGCUGCAGCGCCAGUUCCUGCACGACGUGCGCGACCUCGAAUCCUCCAACCUGCCCCGGGCUCGACGCGAGCAGAGCGAGAGGCAAGAGGAGCGCGGUACCAGCCUCGUCGACCAGCAGCCUGGUCUGGGUUACUGGAGUCGUCGAGCCGCUGUCGAGAGGAUGUGGAGGAGCUGGGGCGGCAUCAUCCACGUCGGCGUCUGA